AUGAUCCUGCACCGCGAUGUUUCGGCGGGCAACAUCCUGCUCGACGAGCGCGGCAACGGCUACCUCGCCGACGUGGGCCUCGCGCGCGCGGCAGAGGCGACGGCCGGCGGCAACCAGCAGGUGUCGCACCUGUCGACGCAGCGCCUCUUCGGCAAGCCAGGCUACAUGGACCCGAUCAUCAUGCACGAUGGCCAGGCCUCGCAACUGACCGACAGCUAUGCGCUCGGCAUCACGCUGCUCGUCAGCCUGACCGGCCGCGGCGCUCUCGGCCUCCUCAACGCGUGCGACUAUGCGCUCGACGAGCCCGACACGGCGGAGGGCAUCGCGGCGGCCGACGCGGGCUGGUCGGCGGCGCAGGCCGAGGAGCUGGCGCUAGUCGAAGCGGCGGGGGAGGUGGGGGAGACGGCGGCAGCCGAGGAGCGCCUGUGUGACCUCUGCUGGGACGCGCCUCGGUCGGUCCGCUUCGCGUGCGGCCACGCGCUGUACUGCGAGACGUGUGCGCCGCGCGUGCUGGAGCGCGACAGCAACUGCCCGGCCUGCCGCCAGCCGGCGCUGCCCAUCGUCGCAACUGGGCGGCUGGUGGCGGCGCAGACGACGUUUUGCUACGACGAUGCGCUUCUGGAUUGA